CAUUAUUUCGACCUUGUUUUCUUCUCUCUCAUCAUCCUCAGUAUUCUUCUUAAAUUCUAUUCACAAGAAACUCAUUCAUUAUUAUUCACUCACAAUCAAUCCUGAAAACUACUCCUCUCCAGUCCACAGUCCCUAGUCCAGUCCAGCCUCCAAAUUUUGGUUUUCUGGCGACCCUUUUAGCCUCAAAACCAGAUCUGACCCUACUCGUUUUUGGAAAACCCUAAAAUCUCAAAAGUGCUCAAUCCUUCAGACAAAACCAGCAAGCAACUGUAUGGCGCCACUAAACUAUGCAACAAGAAAACAAGCAAAAACCCUUUAUUCCUAAGCUUCGGUUGUUCAGGAUUACAGCAUCUCCGAGGUGGGAAAUUUUCAGCAAGUCACCUAACGACCACCAUGUUAAAAAGGAAGCAAGAAGGCUGUAGAUUUAAGACUUCUUCAGAGCUGAAUUAUUUUGAGACUGGAAACCAUUAACCCUAAGAAAAGGGGUCAGCAAGAUGUUUCAACCAAACAUGUUUGAUAGUCACCAUCACUUACUCGAGAUGACUCAUAAAACACCUGAAAAUGAGAUGGAUAUGAUAAGAGAUGAUGAAUUUGAGAGCAAAUCUGGGACUGAUAUCAUGGAAGCCGCUUCUGGAGACGACCAAGACCCUAACCAACGCCCCAAAAAGAAGCGGUAUCAUCGCCACACUCAGCAUCAAAUCCAGGAAAUGGAAUCUUUCUUUAAAGAAUGCCCACAUCCAGAUGAUAAACAAAGGAAGGAGCUUGGUCGUCGACUAGGAUUAGAGCCCUUACAAGUCAAAUUUUGGUUUCAAAACAAGCGCACGCAAAUGAAGGCUCAACACGAACGCCAUGAGAACACACAAUUGAGGACUGAAAAUGAGAAGCUUCGUGCAGAGAACAUCCGCUACAAAGAGGCUCUUAGUAAUGCUACGUGUCCCAACUGUGGUGGACCAGCUGCCAUUGGCGAAAUGUCAUUUGAUGAGCAGCAUUUAAGGAUUGAAAAUGCUCGCCUAAGGGAAGAGAUUGAUAGGAUAUCCGGAAUUGCUGCUAAGUAUGUUGGCAAACCUAUGCUCUCGUAUCCUCAUCUUCCCCCAGGAGCAUCUCGUUCACUUGAUCUUGGAGUGGGAAAUUACGGGGCACAGUCGGGCAUGAUUGGGGAGAUUUAUGGGGCUGGUGACCUUCUGAGGUCAGUAUCAGGCCCUACUGAAGCUGACAAGCCAAUGGUCAUCGAGUUGGCUGUUGCAGCAAUGGAGGAACUAGUGAGAAUGGCUCAGGCUGGAGAACCUCUGUGGGUUCCUAGCGGUGAUAACUCAACUGAGACUCUAAGCGAGGAUGAGUAUGUAAGGGCCUUCCCUAGAGGAAUUGGACCAAAACCGUUGGGAUUGAAAUCUGAAGCUUCAAGAGAGUCUGCUGUUGUUAUCAUGAACCAUAUUAACCUGGUUGAAAUUCUGAUGGAUGUGAAUCAAUGGUCAAAUGUGUUCUCCAGCAUUGUUUCGAGAGCAUUGACCUUGGAGGUCUUGUCAACUGGUGUAGCAGGCAAUUAUAAUGGGGCUCUCCAAGUGAUGACCGCAGAGUUUCAGGUCCCUACACCUCUUGUUCCAACUCGUGAGAACUACUUUGUGAGAUACUGUAAACAACAUGCUGAUGGAACUUGGGCUGUUGUUGACGUUUCUUUGGACAAUCUGCGCCCUACUUCAGUGUCAAGAUGCAGAAGAAGGCCUUCUGGUUGUUUGAUUCAAGAAUUGCCUAAUGGCUACUCAAAGGUUAUGUGGGUUGAACAUGUUGAGAUUGAUGACAGAGCCGUUCACAGCAUAUAUAGAGCACUAGUUAAUUCAGGCCUUGCUUUUGGGGCAAAACGUUGGGUGGCAACACUAGAUCGGCAAUGUGAACGACUUGCAAGUGCAAUGGCUAAUAACAUUCCAGCGGGAGAUGUUGGGGUCAUCACAACUCCAGAAGGCAGAAAAAGUAUGCUAAAACUGGCUGAGAGAAUGGUUAUGAGCUUCUGCGCGGGUGUUGGUGCUUCAACUGCACAUACAUGGACAACUUUGUCAGGGAGCGGUGCUGAUGAUGUGAGGGUCAUGACUAGAAAAAGUAUGGAUGAUCCAGGAAGACCUCCAGGGAUUGUUCUAAGUGCUGCAACUUCAUUUUGGUUACCUGUUCUUCCUAAAAGAGUUUUUGAUUUUCUUCGCGAUGAGAACUCCAGAAGUGAGUGGGAUAUCCUUUCAAAUGGUGGCCUAGUUCAAGAAAUGGCACAUAUUGCAAAUGGCCGGGACCCAGGCAACUCCGUGUCAUUAUUGCGUGUGAAUAGUGCAAAUUCAAGCCAAAGCAAUAUGCUUAUAUUGCAAGAGAGUAGCACUGAUUCAACAGGCUCCUAUGUUAUUUAUGCUCCCGUUGACAUUGUUGCCAUGAACGUGGUCUUGAGUGGUGGAGAUCCUGACUAUGUUGCUCUCCUACCAUCUGGUUUUGCUAUCCUUCCUGACGGACCUAUGAAUCAAGGAGGAGGAGCAGGAAUUUCUGAGGUUGGCUCUGGUGGAACUCUCCUAACUGUUGCAUUUCAGAUAUUAGUUGAUUCAGUUCCAACAGCAAAACUUUCUCUCGGAUCAGUGGCAACUGUUAAUAGCCUUAUCAAGUGCACAGUUGAAAGGAUUAAAGCAGCAUUAUCAUGUGAUAAGGCAUGAUCCUAAAGCAUUUAGGCAAGAAGACUAGAGGGAAAGAAGGAUGAGCUUAGCUUUGGAUUCUGGGAGCUAUGGAGAAGAGUCAAGAACGCACCACUUGCAAUCCUUGCCGUGUGGUGUUUGCAAGAAAUGAGAAAAGCAUUUCACCACCCUGCAAGGGUAAAAGGUUCGGGUAUUGACUUGGCCUAUCAAUGAUUCAAGUAGACAGAAACCUUCUUUCGGAGCAACAAUACUCCCAUUUUGCCUGUGUUUUUGUUUUAGUAUUAGUAGGGAUAGGCCUUCCUACUUAUAUGUACGUGUUUUAAGAAGAUGUUUAAGUAGCUUUCUGAAUGCUAACAGACCAUGGUUUGCUUGUCUAUCAAAACUAUGCUCUUUAUAUCAUUA